ACCAUCACAUGACGCCCCUCUCAGCUUCAUCUCUCACACUGUUUAGAGGACCUGGAUAACUCCUACACCUCUCACACUACACACACACGAGCUCUAACAUCACCAUGAACCUACAGGAGCUGUUAUUAUGGCUGACAGUGACUCUAAGCUGUGUUAUAACUGGUGUGAGAUGUAUGGAGGUCAACCCUGAUAUCUAUCUUGAUGUGCCGUCUUUGGUGGCCAAGUACGGCUACCCCAUAGAAACCCACACGGUGAUAACGGAUGACGGAUACAUCCUCACGCUGCAUCGGAUACCCCACGGCCGCCACAAAACCACAGAGGAACGUUCUAGAAACAAAAUAGUCUCGCGGGUUCCGGUUCUUAUGCAACAUGGCUUACUGGCCUCUUCGGCUUGUUGGAUACUCGCUCCAGUGGAUAAAGCUCCGGCGUACGUCAUGGCGAACGCUGGCUACGAUGUGUGGCUCGGGAACGCAAGGGGCAACUUCUACUCUAGGGCCCAUACACACCUCUCACCUGACGAGAAAGAAUUUUGGGAUUUUAGCUGGGACGAAAUGGCGGCUCAUGACGUACCUGCUGUUAUUGACUAUAUCUUGGCCCAUACCAGCCACCCGAGCCUGUAUUAUAUAGGUCACAGUAUGGGGACAACCAUGUUCUUCGCGAGUAUGGCCACACGACCAGAAUACCACAGUAAGGUCAGGAUGAUGUUUGGCCUCGGACCUGUGGCCACCGUAGCCCACGUCAGGAGUCCUAUAAGGUUCAUCGCACCUUUUGCCGACAAUGCACAGGUCUUGUUGAAGCUUCUCGGGAAAUAUGAGUUCCUGCCCCACAGCCCCAGGUUUGUCAGGUGGACGGAAGCAUUGUGCACUCUUCAUAAGUUCGAGGAGAUCAUGUGUAGGAACGCAUUCUUCUUCCUCACUGGGUUCGACGCUCCGCAGUUUAAUAUGACUUGGCUUCCUGUGAUCCUCGGCCACACUCCUGCUGGGACCUCCACCAGGACUGUUAUCCACUUUGCCCAAGAGAUUAACUCAGGUAAAUUUUUGCACUACGAUUUUGGCCGAAAGGAGAAUCAGAAGAGAUACCAUCAGCCAACCCCUCCUGUGUACACUCUCAGCCACGUGAAAGUUCCUGUUGUGCUUAUAUGGGGGCAGAAUGAUUACUUGGCAGACCCACAGGACGUGGCUCGCCUGGCCUCGGAGUUACCCCAACUUAAAGCCAGUUUCAAGGUUGAGUUGCCAUUAUUUAACCACAUUGAUUUCCUUUGGGGCAUUGACGCUGAUAAAUAUGUUUAUAGGAUCAUCUGUAAGUAUUUGAAACUAUUUUAAAGGAUUGGAUUCUGUAUAAGUGACCUGGAGGAGGAUUAUAAAGGGUUAAAGUCAUCGUACUCAAGGGUUAAAGUCAUCGUACUCAAGGGUUGAAGUCAUUGUACUCAAGGGUUGAAGUCAUCGUACUCAAGUUUUGGUGUUGUACUCAAGUGGUUGCUAUCGUACUCAAGGGGUAACCAAUUAAGAUGAGUGGGACCAUUUAUACACUAUUUACAGGGACCAUUUACACACUAUUUACAGGGACCAUUUACACACUAUUUACAGGGACCAUUUAUCGUAAUUAUAAUAAGAUAAAUAUAUAUAUGGUUAAUAAUAAUAGAUGUAGUCUCCCAUAAGGUAUCGGCCAGUUUCUUUAUCAAUAUAAUAUGUCACAAUGGACGAGUAUUUGUGAUUCCUGCAUAAAGUCGGUAGGUCUGCCUUUCUAGUAUCUGUGAAGCUAUCAGUUAUUAUUUAUGGCAUUUGUUCCAUAUUUAGUAGAAUAUUAUAUUAAUGGCAGUCAAAUAGCGGGUGUGUUCUGCCGGUAACUCCCGACAAACACCAGUACCCGGGAGUCAUUGGAAAACACGGCUUGUACCGACAGAUAUCGUCUCGUAGUGUGUGUCAGAUAAUGUUCAGUUGCCAGCACUUAUCAGAAUGUCAUUGUAAUUGGAUAUGGGAAAUUAAUGUAAUGUCUGAUCGUAGUGUUUUAUAUUUCGUUCGAAGCGAUUCCACCGUAACUUCGGUUCAUGAAAACAUAGUACUAAUGUUAUAUUCCUAUUUGUCGACCCAUCCCCUGAGGCUGAAGUAGUAUCUAAGGUGCCAUAAACCAGUGGAGUUGCUCAUGACGUUAUUGGUUUUGUAUAUGACAUCACAGUUCAUCACAUUAUGUAGACAACAGGUGAUGUACUGCAGGUAUGGUCAUUAUCAGGUACAAAAGGAACGAACGAAAGAGGCAACUCACAAUAAGGAAUACCAACCUAACCUAACCUAACCAACCUAACCUAACCUAACCUAACCCAACCCAACCUAAC